AUGAGUGACCUGGAGUCCCUGGCAGUGCCAAGGAACGAUCAUCCUAGGUACUCACUGCAGCUGGAAAACAGGAGGAGGAACGUUUUUGUAACCCAGUUAGGGGAACACAGGGAAGAAGAGGAUAAAGACGUUACUCAUAUCCCCAUCAUCAGCGAGGCCCCCAGCAAGAUUCUUGAGACUGAUGCAAACUCUUUGCAAAAAACCUUGGUUCUGAAGAAAGAGGUUGAAGUUGAUCGUGUCACGGCAGAGCUGAUUGCUAAGAGGCAGGAAUUUAAAGAGCGGAUGGAAGCUGUGGCUCAGCGGAGAGCACAAUUUGCCAAAAAGCAGCAGGAUAGCAGGAAUCAAGCUCUUAAAUUUGACAAGUUUCUUAAAGAAAGUGAUGUGAAGAGGAGGCGUGCACUCCAGAAAUACCAAGCAGAAGUAAAAAUGAAUGAAAUAAAACAGAGGGAGAUAGAUAAAUUGGUAGCAGAACUUGAAAAACUCAAAGUCAGACAACAGAAGCUGCAGAAGAAGGUAGCCAAGCAAAAAGUGUAUGAGGAUUUCCUACUGAAAGUCAUUGACCAGUUGCCUGACAACUAUCUGGAGUAUGGUGCAGAUUCUGUCAUUGGAGCUAUCAGACGGCAUGAGACGCUGUCAGCUACAAACCAGACCUUGAUAAAGAACUUGAUCACCCUGUCAGAUGACUUUGAGAAAAGUCAGCGUGACCUUGAAACCUUGCAACGGGAACAUGAUACCACAAAACUUAUGCUGAUUAGGGAACUUUCUGAGCUUCAGAUGAAAUGCAACAGAAUACAGGAGAAAAACGAGCAGCUGGAAGUCAGUAUUAACCACGAGAAAGGUCACUUCAGAUAUCAGAGUCAAGAGCUAGGCAGCUUGUUGUUAGCUAUCGCCAACCUGGCUGAGCAGUGCCACACGCAGCAUUAUGGCCCCUUGCAGGAAAUGGAAUGGUUGUCAAAACUGGACAUGAUCCAAGAAUUCAUUCUGGAAAAAAAGCAUAUCCAGCAAUUAGCGACUCAGCCUGAUGAAUCUGGGGCAUUGCUAUCUAGUCUUGGAGACCAAACUCAGAGCAGAAAAAUGGGAAUCACCAAGAAGUUCCGAAGCCAAGUUCCAGCAGGCAGUGGUGGUGUAAUACAAACUCCUAAAAACAAGGGGAAAGCAUCAGUGUGA